AUGCUUUGUUUUUUUUUGCUUUCAUCAUUGCAAGUUUUAUCAUGGGGUCGACAUCAGGUCUGUCAUCUUCAUCUUCACCAUCUACUUCAUCAUCCUCAUCAGAUCGAAGGCGUUUUAUAUGAAGAAACCUUAGAGGCGGAAUCAGAUUUGGUGUACAAAUUUGAGUGGGACAAGAGAAACACGUACAAUCAGAAAGUUUAUGGAAAAGUGCCUGUCAUUGUUUCCGUUGGCUACGAGUACAUUGGAUGCAGUGACGUCAUACAUUGGGACAAAUUGACGACGUCAUUGUGGGCACACGAUAGCGGGGAUGUCGGAGGUUGGAGUGUCAGUGCCUACCACGUCUUCAACUUCAACCAAGAUAUAAUCCACAGAGGCGACGGAACGAACCACUUCCUCGCGAACUCCCCACUGCAGCACACCACCAUCUUGAAUGACGUCACACAAUCUUCUUCUUCCUUUCCUUCCUCUACAUCAUCAUCAUCUUCAUCGCCACCAUCUUCGUCAGCGUCAUCAGCUUCAGAGCCGCAGAGGUUGUACGGACCAAUGGCACUAGCAGCUGGUCGUGACGGUAGUUUGUACGUUGGUACGUGGGGCUUCAUCAAGAGGGUAGAUUCGGGUAAAACUGAUGUGGCCAACAUUCUGCAGAUGAGUUACUCCGACCCGCCGUACAACUACUACAUAACGAUGAGUCCGGUCGAUGGCAAGUUGUACAUCUCCAAGCAGCAGGAACUCAAGAUACUCAGGAUAAAGACAAUGGGUCCUGUCCGAGACCUGUCAAGAAACUUUGAGGUCAUAGCGGGAACAGGGGAGCAGUGUUACCACGGUGACCUCAACAGAUGUGGCGAUAGCAAAAGUGCCCUCAAAGCUAAACUGAGCUACCCAAAAGGCAUAACGAUAAACAAGGACGGCGUCAUGUUCAUAGCCGACGGGACGAAUAUUCGGACGAUUAGUAACAGUGGUAUCAUCGAUACAUUCAUCGGUUUCCAGGAUGGUCCGAAACUGUUCAGACCGAUCGACUGCUAUAGGGAUGUACCUUUGAGGCGGGUGACCUUGCACUGGCCGACCUCGCUGGCCAUCAACCCCCUGGACGACAGU